AUGGAAAGCCUGACACUGGAAAAUGUGCAAUUGAAGAAAAAAGUUGCUGCUCUUGAAAAUCGUGUAGAAGAAAUGGAACAAUAUUCCAGAAGUAAUUGUGUAGAGAUACACGGGAUUCCAGAGGAGAAGACAGAGAAUGUUGUGAGUGUGGUGAAGGAGGUUGGAAAGGCGCUGGACAUGCCCAUCACGGACUCCAUGAUUGAUGCCUGUCACCGACUGGGGAGGAGAUCAGGACCGAACAACCAACCUGCAGCCAUCAUCGUCAAGUUUGUGAGACGUCUUGACAAAGAAGAGUUAAUGAAAAAACGGACGGUCAAGAAGAAUUUCUCUACACGGCACAUCAACAUGACUACGGACAGCCAAAUUUAUAUAAACGAGUCACUGUCACCAGCAAGAAGAAGACUUUUUGUCAUGGCCCGGGAGGCAAAGAAGACGAAGAACUUUAAGUAUUUGUGGGUCCGAAAUGGCAAGAUACUUAUGAGACGAGAUGAUGGACAGCCAGUGAUACAUGUAAACAUGCCAGGAUGA